AUGGAGGAACCUAGUAAUUCUACAGACGACAGUGACUAUGAUGAUAAUCCUGAAGAAACUGAACCCAUUGUGAGUGAGCAUGACACUUUGUCAGAACAAAGUGUGACAGAAAAUUACUCUGAUGUAAGCAGUGAUCCAUGUGAUGAGCAGCAGAGAAGCAAUUACUUCUAUGGAAAGAAUCAGCAGAAGUACUCUGACAAAAGCAAAGCUGAACAUCAGAUUCUGGAUUUGGAUGAACUUUUGGCUUUUUUAGGACUUCUUAUGUAUUCUUCUGUCUUUAAAUCCAACCACGAAAAUGAACUGUUUUUCUUGAACUGCUUACGGUUUGAUGACUUUCAAACUAAAAAAGAGAGUGUCAAAGUUGACAAAAUGGCAGCAGUCUCUUGUCUCUUUAGAAAAAUUGUGGAAAAUUUCCAAAAAUAUUUCAGUUUAGGCACAUGUGCUACUGUAGAUGAGCAGCAAGUUUCCUUCUGUGGUAAAGUCUCAUUUGUGGUCUACAUGCCAAAGAAGCCUUUUAAAUAUGGUUUAAAAAUAAUGUCCUUGUGUGAUGCAAGGACCAGUUUCUUUUAUAAUGGGUAUAUAUACACUGGAAAAGGCUCUGAUGGCAAUACUUUGCCUGACAAUGAUAAGAAACUAAUGAUACCAACACAGUCUCUGUUGAGAUUGUGUAAACCAAUCUAUGGCAGUAAUCACAAAAUUACUGCCAAAAAUUCGUUCAUCUCAAUACAGACUGUAGAAGAGUUAAGGAAAAUUAGAUGCACUUUUGUUGUAACUCUAAAAAAGAAUAAUAGAGAUAUUCCACAAGCCUCCCAACCAAAUAAGCAUAUGCCAGUUGGUUCGUCUUCGUACGGUUUCACACAAGGACCACUCUGUUGUCGCAUGUGCCAAAGACAAACAAAGCAGUUCUUCAUCACUUAA